AUGGGCAAGAUGGACAAUGCAUCUGUGGAGCUGAAUUCUCCCUCCGAGCUGAAGCAAGCAGCCCUAGAGGAGUCGGAGCCCAUCGCCCCAGAGGCCAUGAAAACCAAGAAGAAGAAGGAGAUCCCAGACAGAGGUUCCUGGAAGGGGAAAUUUGACUUCUUGCUGUCCUGCGUAGGCUAUGCCAUUGGGCUGGGCAAUGUCUGGCGCUUCCCGUAUCUCUGUGGCAAGAACGGAGGAGGGGCCUUCCUCAUUCCCUAUUUCCUGACGCUGGUGUUUGCUGGGAUUCCCCUCUUCCUGCUAGAAACUGCUCUUGGCCAGUAUACCUCUGUGGGUGGACUGGGAGUCUGGAAAUUAGCACCAAUGUUUAAAGGUGUGGGGCUGGCCGCUGUGGUUCUCUCUUUCUGGCUGAACAUCUAUUACAUUGUUAUCAUUGCCUGGGCACUCUACUAUCUCUUCAACUCUUUCACUGCGGACCUGCCAUGGCAGAACUGUGGGAACGCCUGGAACACUGAGCGCUGCUUCUCCAACUACUCCCUGCGUGACACCGCCAACCUCACCAGCGCCGUCACCGAGUUCUGGGAGAGGAACAUGCAUCAGCUCUCUGGAGGCCUGGGGGAACCAGGCAAUGUCCGCUGGCCGCUCGCUGGCACCCUGGCUUUGGCCUGGGUUCUGGUCUAUUUCUCCAUCUGGAAAGGCGUGGAGUGGACUGGAAAGGUAGUGUAUUUCUCAGCCACCUACCCUUACUUCAUGUUAUUUAUUCUUUUCUUCCGUGGAGUCACCCUACCAGGAGCCAAGGAGGGAAUCCUCUUUUACCUCACACCAGACUUCAAAAAACUCUCUGAGUCUGAGGUCUGGAUGGAUGCAGCCACACAGAUCUUCUUCUCUUAUGGACUGGGGCUGGGCUCCCUGAUUGCACUAGGAAGCUACAACACUUUCCACAACAACGUCUACAGAGACUCUAUCAUUGUCUGCUGUAUAAACUCCACCACGAGUGUAUUUGCUGGAUUUGUUAUUUUCUCUAUUGUUGGCUUCAUGUCUCACAUCACAAAGAAGUCAGUCUCAGAGCUGGCCUCUUCAGGCCCUGGACUGGCUUUCCUUGCCUACCCACAGGUCGUCACACAGCUGCCCUUGUCCCCGCUCUGGUCAAUUCUCUUCUUCUCUAUGUUAAUGAUGUUAGGUCUGGAUAGUCAGUUCUGCACUGUGGAAGGGUUCAUUACAGCCCUGAUGGAUGAGUACCCUCAUCUCCUGAGAGCCAGGAAGAAGGUUUUCAUUGCAAUAGUCUGUUUGAUCUCUUACCUCAUUGGAUUCUCCAAUAUCACCCAGGGUGGCAUUUAUGUCUUCAAGCUGUUUGACUAUUACUCAGCCAGUGGCAUGUGUCUUCUCUUUCUUGUCUUCUUUGAGACCAUCUCGAUUUCUUGGUGUUACGGUGUGAACAGAUUUUACAAGAAUAUCGAAGAAAUGAUUGGCUACAAACCUUGCAUGUGGUGGAAGAUCUGCUGGGCCUUCUUCACACCUCUUGUCUGCUUGGGUGUGUUCUUCUUCAGUGUGGUAGAAAUGACCCCUCUGACACUGGGAAAAUAUGUCUAUCCUGCAUGGGGACAAGGCAUUGGUUGGCUCAUGGCUCUGUCGUCCAUGGUACUGAUCCCAGGAUACAUGCUGUACAGUUUCUUCACCUCAAAAGGGACUCUCCAGCAGCGUUUCCAGCAGAUGACACAGCCCAAGCCAGACCCAAGCAUGCAGAAUAAUGGCCUCCAGCCAAAGACGUCAUUGAAUGGGAGACCCUUGGAUGCUGCUGUCUAG